CCCUCGCGACGCCUCUUCCGCUCUCUUCUCCGACGGCUUCUGCCAGGGCGGGAGGAGGCGGGUGGGCCCGAGAAACACCAGCUCCUCCGUACCAAGGCAACCCGCACCCCCCGCCCCCGGAGCCACAUCUCCAAGCCCCUCCCCGCCCCCCCACAGGCCCCCCCACUUCCACCAAACUCUCCAAGCUUCACUUGGACUCACCACGGCGACGCACGCCGCAGUCCCAGCCGCUGCGGGGAGCCGGGCCCUCUGGGCAAAGGCAGCUGGGCAUGCGAAGCAGCGGCCAAAGAGGCUGCCGCCCUGCUUACAGGGGGCUCCGGCCGCUGCCUGGACCACAAAGCGCCUGGGACACCAGGGCACUGGCCCCGACUUACAGGGGGGCCCUGGGCCCAAAGGCCCAAAGUUCGCGCGAGUUAUUUACACCUCCUCUGUACAAACAACGCUACCAGUUCGUCAAAGAUUUAGUGGAGAAAUACAAACCUAAGAAGGUGGCAGAUUUAGGAUGUGCUGACUGCAGGCUUCUCUGGAUGCUGAAAUUCUGCAGUUGCAUUGAAGUGUUAGCUGGGCUAGAUAUCUCUGCAAGUGUAAUGGAAGAGAAAAUGCAUACAUUGUCUCCUCUUCCUUUUGAUUAUUUGCAACCAUCUGAAAGAUCCCUAACUGUUACCUUGCAUCAUGGUUCAGUGGCCCAUAAAGAUCCUUGCAUGCUUGGUUUUGACUUGGUGACAUGUAUUGAACUAAUAGAACACCUGGAAGAAUCAGAGCUGAAGAAAUUUCCUGAAGUGGUGUUUGGUUUCAUGGCUCCAAGCAUGGUUGUGAUCAGUACUCCAAAUUCUGAAUUUAACCCUUUGCUUCCAGGAGUGGUGUUGAAUAGGCAUCCAGAUCACAAAUUUGAGUGGAACCAAGCGCAAUUUCAAAGCUGGGCUCUGGAGGCUGCUAGAUGCUAUGAUUACUCCGUGGAAUUUACUGGUGUAGGGCACCCACCAAAAGGAAUGGAGAAUGUUGGGUUUUGUACCCAAAUAGGUGUGUUUGUUAGAAAAUAUCCUCGAUCUGGUGGAUCUGUUCAGUAUGAGAAACCCACUGAAGCAGUUUACAAAACAGUCUUCAAAGCAGUGUAUCCAAGUCUGAAAGAUGAGAAGUACUUGCAGAAUGCAGUUGUCAGUGAAGUUAUUUUCACAGCCCAAAACAUUAAGCACCAUUUCAUGUCAAAACAUGAGGAGUGUGAUGAUGAUCCUGAAAGAAAAUCUGAAUUCCAGCCUUCAGUCAACUCUUUUUCAGACUAUCUUGGAAAACUGGUUGUUGAUAAAGCCAUGGAACCAUUUGUCAAUGGAAAUGAGAAUGAAAUUUAUAGAUGCUUUCUUCAAGAUGAGCACAUCCUCAGCCUUGAUGAAAACCAAAUGUUGUUCCAGAUAAAUGGAAAUAUGAAAGUGGUAUUGUUGACUGUUCUGUUUUUUAAAGAAAAAAAAAUUUAAGAAGUGCUAUACUUGUGAAUGCUAAUCUGGCCCUGAUGUACCUGAAAAUUUUCUGUGUUCUCAUGUGCAGCUGUUAUUCAAAACUGUAAAAUCCAAAUAGAGUAAAUGAAAAAAAAUUCAAGAGCAAUCCAUACCCCAGUAAUGGUUUUGCCUUGGUAUAGGAGUUGUGUGUAUGCAGCAGUGGUAUAUAAGUGGGGCUUGUUUUCAGUCACGAGAUGUUUUCCUUCUAGAUUAGAAAAAGAUCUUGUGUCUAAAUGACACAUUUUCCUUAUAACAUACAUGUUGCUAAAACAGUGUGAAAACACAGUAGUAGAAAAAGCAAAACAUUUUAAAAAAGAAAUAAUUAACUGGAAGAUUUGUUUGCUGAUGAGACUUGUCAUUUAUUCUAUAAGGAACCUGUUGACUCAUGAAACAAAGAGGAAAGACAACAACCACAAAAGAAAUUUCUAGGAUAUUCUGGUGAAGUUUUGGAAAAAAUUGUCUUCCUUUUUGACUGAAGUUAGUUAUAUAUGGUACAGUUAAUUCUCUUAAUCCUUACUCUUCAAAUAAUUGGUUACUGAACUGAUCUGAGUGCCAAAUAGUUUAUACUAUAAUUAGCUGCAAUUUUCACCAAUCUAGAUUUUUUUCUUAAUUUAAGAACAGAUACUCAGUGCGGUACCAG